CUCACUUUUUUAUUAUAGAAUAUCUAGGCUACAAAACAUGAAACAAAUCUAGCAAUUUUCUUAACUGCGAAAUACCAAAUUUCCUCCCAAUGGGUUUUCCUGAAGCCACUUCCAUGAUGUUGGUUUUCUUCCUUAGUCUCCUCAUGUCAAGCUCCAAUGCCAUCCAACACCCAAGAAGCCACUCACAUAAUGCUAUCAAACAAUUCAUGACUCUACAAAACCGAGCACGAGCUGCAAUCCGCAUGCCACCACUAGCAUGGGAUCCACAACUCGCUCGUUAUGCAAGUAUGUAUGCUAGACAAAGACGACAAGAUUGUUUGUUGAAGCAUUCCAAUGGGCCUUAUGGAGAGAACAUUUUUUGGGGGAGUGGUAGCCGUUGGAACCCUUCUCAAGCCGCCGCCAUGUGGGUGUCUGAGGGGCGGUGGUACAACCACCAGUUGAAUUCGUGCAAUGGAGGGAAGGAAUGUGGGCAUUACACACAAAUUGUUUGGAAGAGAAGUAGGCGGAUCGGAUGUGCUAGAGUGACUUGUUUUGGAGGUAGGGGUGUGUUCAUGAUCUGCAAUUAUGAUCCUCCUGGGAAUUAUGUUGGUGAAAAGCCUUACUAAGGUUUAAAAUCUCUAGUAUUUUGUAAAUUAUGAAUAAUGUAAAAGUUGUAUCAAGCCAUGUACAAUUUAUUGAAAUAUGAUUAGAUUUUUUUCAUCUUUAAAA